AUGUGCGGGGCCCUGAACGUAACGUACCCGUUCUGGAUCGGCGGCGUGCAGCCGCCGCUUGACUGCGGCUUCCCGGCGGCCUUCCGGCUGACGUGCGACGCCGAAGCUGGCCGCGCGUACCUCACCAGGACAUCCAGCGGCCACCUGUACCGCGUCGAGGGCAUAUACUACAACAACAACUCGCUGGCGGUGGCCGUCGAGACCACCUUCGCCGGCGACGGGACGUGCGACAUCCCCGGCUUCAACGUGUUCUCCAGCCUCGCGUUCAACAUCAGCGACACAAAUGAGAACCUCGUCUUCGUCUACGAUUGUGCGGUGCCUCCUAGCUAG